AUGAAGUUCUUCAACCUUGCCAUUGCUGCUCUCUUUGCCGGCCUUGUUGCCGCUCGCUCAGUUGAGGUCGAGAAACGCUGUAGUGCCGUGGGUUCUCCCUGUGGUGCCGCCUCCCAGUGCUGCAGUGGUGCUUGUGCCCUUGGACCUGUCGGUGCCCCCGGCAGCAGCUCUAUUGGCAAGUGUCUCCCUUAA